CAGUAAAUCGAGGACCAUCCAGUUCGCGCUUCAGGGCGGCCAGGCGUGGAGGCAGGACCCUGCGUAUGCCGCCAACGCGCUGCCGCUGCAGGCCUGGGCGACCGCGGUGUUCGGGAAGUUCAGGCCCGACUCCGUCUUCAAGAUGGACCUUCAGGUGCUAAGCCCGCGGAUGCUUGUCGGCAUGGUUGAAGAUGGCAUCUAUAGGCGUCUGAUGCGCGAGGCGCUGCGGGGUCGCCCACCUGACCCGGGCCCGAUCAGGUUCGCGCUGGCGGGCCUUCGAGCGCAGGGGCACAAUGAGAUGGUGCAACUUCUGGAGGCCCUCAUCGCAGGAGGGUUGGUGUCCCAGUACGACCUGUACGUGGAGCGCUCCGAGACCGACCCCAGUUGUCAGUGGUGCAAGCUGGCCUUGGGGACUACGCACCACAGGCUUUUCAAGUGCCCAGCGUCCAGGACCUGGGCGGAGGAGCUCGGGCUGAAGGAGAUUGCUCUGGCCGGGCGCGCGGCGGCGCCCGACGACCUGGGCAUGCUGCGGGGCUGGGUGAAUCUCAAGUUCGAUCAG